UGUGCUUCGCUGAGGGCUCAACACAGAUGCUGCCUGAGAGACAGAGGGGCUUGCCAGUUUUGUAGGCAGCCUUUGUAAACUAACAUGUCUGGCAAGAAGUCAAGAAAAGCCCAAAGAAUGGGCUCCACACGAAGGGGUCCCCGUGGCAACAGUAACCAGAGGACUGAAAGAGACACUGAGGGAAUGGAAAGAAUGCAAGAAGAGGAGAGGGAAACUGAGGGGAUGGGGCAGGAGGGAAGCGGAGGAGCCGAGACUGUCUCUCCCCAUGAAGUGGAUGACAAGCAAUCAAAAAACUUGCUGCCCUCUCUUCAGCCCCUGCCAUUACGUGACACAUCCUCAUCCGUACUGUUCAACCAAUCACCAAGCCCAGCUGAAGUCUGUUUAAAAGUGACGACUCCCUCUGUCAUGACAGAUUCCACAACACCAACACAUUACAACAUGCCUGCAGAUUCGUCUUUGGAUGAUGUUCUCCGAUUACAAGCCUCAGCACCCCAGAAAGAGCAAGAGUGCACUGCUCCUUUUGCCCAUCAACACCAGUCGGAGAAUGCUGCAUGCAGCCCUUCCACGUCAGAGUCUCAAACUGUUAAAUGUGUAGAUAAAUCCGCAACAGAACACAGCUCCAUUGCCAAAGAUGAGAUGGACACCAAUGGCCAACCCCAGGAGCUCUCUAAAUAUUUUUCCCAUGUAGAUGAAGCCCAAUUAGAUGGGUCUGCGAACACUUUGUCCUCUCAGGGCAGUGUACAAGAUGUGUCUCUCUUGGGAUCCACAAAAACACGGAGAAAGAUGGGGUCCACUCGUAAAGCCUUUGGCAGGGCAAGUGAGCAGUCAGACAUAGGUGAGGGAUGGCAUGUCAUGGAGCAGGCAGAAAAGAGGGAGGAGAGAACAGAUGGACAAAAAGGAGAACUGGGAGGAAUGGAAAAAGAAAAGAAAAAAGCAAUAGAUGGAGGAGGUGGAGGAGAAAUGAAAGUACAGGGAAGAAAAGAGGAGGGGGCUGGCAGUAGGGUGGAAGAACAUGUCAUUAUAGCCCAACGCCACCAAGCUGAAGGAAAACUGCUUACAGAAAAAAGCCCUGACCUUUCUCUGAAUCCCAAUGAAACCCAGGUCAUGUCUCAAGAAUUUGCCCCCACUCCACACCUCUACCAAUCAGAACAUUUUGGACAUCCAGGGGAGAGUGAGCAUGAUGAGUCAUACUCAAGAAAUAGAAAGAGGAAGGUGGGCUCAACGCGCAAAAACCGCUUUACUGCAAAGAACCAAAGAGGAAGAGGUGGGGGUGAGUUAGGGGAGGAAGGAGAGGGAGAAAAUGAGAUGAAUGAAGGAGAUAGAGGGGAAUUAGAGGUGAAGCAGACAUGUAAGGAAGUAGUGGAGGUCAGAGAAAAAGAAGAUGUGAGCGUUCUCAAGAAACCGAUCCCUGAGACCCAAGAUGAGAAUAACUUGAACCUUGAAUUCAACAUUAUAUCAAAUCAUCAAAAUACGGAAUCUACAACGAGGAACCCACAUGCACAAGGCACAGAGAGCAAAAAGGAAGAUAGAGGUGAAGAAGACAUAGAGGAGAGAGGCACAGAGGGACAAAUGAGAGAUGAAGAAAUGAAGGAGGAGGUGAUGAGACUGGAGGAAGAGCAAGGAAAGAAGGAAGAAGACGAGAGGGAGGAAGAGAUGGACAUAGAAAUAGCUUCCACUUCUGUCAGCUCCACUUAUGAAUCUGAGAUCUCAGAUCAGUCUCAGCAAGUUGAGAAUACCAGUUUUGCAAAAGAAAUGGGGACUGCAAAGGAUUUAUCCCUCAAAACCACGGAGACUAUAGUAUACAAUAAUGAAGCUGAUGGUAAAAAGCUCAGUAAUUUGGCUGAAGAAAGUGUCAUUGGAGACGAUCAGCAAGAAACAGAGGUACACAUACUCCCAGGAAGUCCGGACCUUGCUUUCAAUCUUAAUGACAACCAGGGAAGAUCACAAGGAUUUGAAUCCCCGUUUCCACAACUUGACCAAUCAGAACAAAUAAAGGAGGAGGAGCAUGAUGACUCACGCUUACCAACCAGACAGAGGAAGAUGGGAUCAAGUCGCAGAAGCCGCUCUGCUGCUAAGGACCAAAGAGGAAGAGGAUGGGAAGAGUUAGGGGAAGAAAGAGAGGGAGAAAAAGGAGACCAGGAAGGAAUGGAAAGGGAAACUGAGAAGAAUGAAGGAAGUGGAGGAGAACCAGAGGUGAGGCAGACAUAUGAGGAAGUAGUGGGAACCAGAGAAGAAGAGGAAGAGGAAGAGGGUGUUCUCAAGAAACAGUCUUCUCAAGAUGAGAAUAACUUGCACAUAGAAUCCAUUAUUAUACCAAAAGAUCAAAACAUGGAUUCUACAAUGAAGAACCCUCAGACACAAGAUGGGGAUAAAGAGAUGGAAGAGAGAGGAGAAAGAGACAUAAAGGAGGAAGGCACAGAGGCAGAAAUGAGUAAAGAGGUGAAGGGGUCUGCAAUUGAAGAAAUGAGGGAAGGGGUGUUGGAGAAGGAGAGGGGAAAUAAAGAGGGAAAAGAGCGGGAGGACAAGCUGGAAAUCGAAUCAGCUCCAAUUUCUGUUACGUCCAUUUAUGAACCUGAGAUCUCAGAUCAGCCUCAGGAAAUUGAGCAUUCCACCUCUGAUGGGGAAACAGAGACUGUGCAAGACACACAGGUGAUCCUAGGUAGGACAGAGAACAUAGGACAUGAAAGUGAAGUUGAUGCCAUAAAACACCAUAGGAUGAUUGAAGACAGUGUCACUGCAAGUGACCAGCACCAAUCAGAGGAACACAUGCUCCUAGGAAAAAGUCCUGAUCUUGCAUUCAGUCUUAAUGACAGCCAGGGUGGGUCUCAAGAAACUGAAUCCCCAAUUCCACAACUUGACCAAUCAGAACAUUAUGGACAAGUUGAGGAGGAGGAACAUGAGGACUCACAGUUACCAAUGAGAAAGAGGAAGAUGGGAUCAAGUCGCAGAAGCCGUUCUGCUGCCAAGAACCAAAGAGGAAGAGGAUGGGAGGAGUUGGGGAAAGAAAGAGAGGGAGAAAAAGGAGACCAGGAAGGAAUGGAAAAGGAAACAGAAAAUGAGAUGAAUGAAGGAAGUGGAGGAGGAAAAGAGGCAAGGGAGAUUGAUAAUGAAGUAGAGGAGGACAGGGAAAAAGAGGAAGAGACUAAUAGUGAAGUAAAGGAAUAUGAGACAAAGGUGAGAAAAGCAGAAAGAGAGAGGGAUGAGAUGCAAGAGCAAGAAAGGAUAAAGGAACAUGUGAUCACAGCAGAAAUGGCAGAGAGCAUAGCAGAAGGAAAGGGAGUAGAAUGGAAUAAAGAUGAACAUGCAGGAGAGAUAAUGGAGGAAGAGUCUGGACUGGAGGGAAACCCAGAUCUGGCACCAUUUAGGGGAGAGACAGAGAAGGAGGACAGUUAUCUGCAGACUUUGAGUUUAACACACUCUGAGGGAAAGAUCGAAGGGGUUACAUCUUUAGGGGAAGAGAACAAUUUGCCUUCUGAGACACUCCAACAACAGAGCUGCCCUCAACUUGAAGAUACCCUUACCGUCCAUCCCAAGGAACUAACCAAUGACACUCAAAUGCUAGAGUGCACUGAAGCCCAGAUUACAGACCAAAGCAAGGACUCUGAUAAUAACUUAUUUUCAGGUCAAUCUGAUCAGCUGGUGACCUCUGAAGAGUUGCUUGCAGAACCUUUAAAUACUCAAUCUGCCAUCCAAAUGUCUGAGACACAGACCUCUCAAGGUGAGCAUAACUUGCACAUAGAAUCUGUCAUUAUAUCAAAUGAUCAAAACAUGGAUUCUACAAUGAAGACCCUAUAUACACAAGACAGAGAGAUAAAGAUAGAAGACAAAGGGGAAGGAGACACAGAGGAGAGAGGCACAGAGGGAGAAAAGAGAGAAGAUGCGAAGGGAUCAGAUAUUGAAGAGAUGAACAAAGAGGUGUCUGUAAUGGAGCAGGAGCGGGGCAGUAAGGAGGAAGAGGAGAUGGAGGCAGAGAUGGAGAUAGUAAUGGCUCCCACUUCUGUCAGCUGCAUUUACGAAUCCGAGACCUCAGGUCAGCCUCAGCAAUUUGAGGAUUCCAGUGUUGCAGAGAAAAUGGAGGUCAUAGAGGACACUCUGGUGCCCCAUGAGAGGAUAGACAAUAUAGUGCAUGUUGAUGAAGCUGAUGGCAAUAAGCUCCAUAGGAUGAUUGAAGACACUGUCACUGCAAGCGACCGGCACCAAUCAGAGGAACACAUGCUCCUAGGAAAAAGUCCUGAUCUUGCAUUCAGUCUUAAUGACAGCCAGGGUGGGUCUCAAGAAACUGAAUCCCCAGUUCCACAGCUUGACCAAUCAGAACAUUAUGGACAAGUUGAGGAGGCGGAACAUGAGGACUCACAGUUAGCAAUGAGAAAGAGGAAGAUGGGAUCAAGUCGCAGAAGCCGCUCUGCGGCCAAGAACCAAAGAGGAAGAGGAUGGGAGGAGUUGGGGGAAGAAAGAGAGGGAGAAAAAGGAGAAGUGGAAGGAAUGGAAAAGGAACAUGAGAUGAAUGAAGGAAGAGAAGGAGAACCAGAGGUUAAGCAGAUAUAUGAGGAGGUUGUGGAAGCCAGAGAAGAAGAAGAAGGGGAAGAGGGUGUUCUCAAGAAACAGUCCUCUCAAGAUGAGAAUAACUUGCACAUAGAAUCCAUUAUUAUACCAAAAGAUCAAAACAUGGAUUCUACAAUGAAGAGCCCUCAGACACAAGAUGGGGAUAAAGAGAUGGCAGAGAGACAAGAAAGAGACAUAAAGGAGGAAGGCACAGAGGCAGAAUUGAGUAAAGAGGUGAAGGGGUCUGCAACUGAAGAAAUGAGGGAAGGGGUGUUGGUGUUGGAGAAGGAGCAGGGGAAUAAGGAGGAAGAAGAAAGGGAGGAAAAGUUGGAAAUAGAAUUAGCGCCAACUUCUGUAAGUUCCAUUCAUCAAUCUGAGAUCUCGGAUCAGCCUCGGGAAAGUGAGGGUUCCAUCUUUGCAGGAGAAACAGAGACUGAGCAAGACACACAGGUAACCCUAGGAAGGACAGAAACUAUAAUACUCAAAAGUGAAGCUGACAGCAUAAAACACCAAAGUUUGAUUGAAGACAGUGUCACUGCAAGUGACCAGCACCAAACAGAGGAUCAUAUGCUCCUAGUAAAAAGUUCUGAUCUUGCUUUCAAUCAUAAUGACAACCAGGGCAGAUCUCAAGAACUUGAAUGCCCAAUUCCACAACUUGGCCAAUCAGAACAUUCUGAACAAAUGAAGGAGGAGGAACAUGAUGACUCACAGUUAGCAAUGAGAAAGAGGAAGAUGGGAUCAAGUCGCAGAAGCCGCUCUGCUGCCAAGAACCAAAGAGGAAGAGGAUGGGAGGAGUUGGGGGAAGAAAGAGAGGGAGAAAAAGGAGAACAGGAAGGAAUUGAAAAGGAACAUGGGAUGAAUGAAGAAAGAGGAGGAGAACCGGAGGUUAGGCAGACAUAUGAGGAGGUUGUGGGAGCCAGAGAAGAAGUGGAAGAGGGUGUUCUCAAGAAACAGUCCUCUCCAGAAGAAUCCAUUAUCAUACCAAAAGAUCAAAACAUGGAUUCUGCAAUGAAGAGUCCUCAGACACAAGAUGGGGAUAAAGAGAUGGAAGAGAGAGGAAAAAGGCACAUAAAGGAGGGAGGCACAGAGGCAGGAUUGAGUAAAGAGGAGGAAGGAUCUGCAAUUGAAGAAAUGAAGGAAGAGGUGUUGGUGUUGGAGAAGGAAGAAGACACUGUCAUUAGUAGUGACCAUCAUCAAUCAGAGGAACACAUGCUCCUAGGAAAAAGUCCUGAUCUUACAUUCAGUCUUAAUGACAGCCAGGGUAGAUCUCAAGAAACUGAAUCCCCAGUUCCACAGCUUGACCAAUCGGAACAUUAUGGACAAGUUGAGGAGGAGGAACAUGAGGACUCACAGUUAGCAAUGAGAAAGAGGAAGAUGGGAUCAAGUCGCAGAAGCCGCUCUGCGGCCAAGAACCAAAGAGGAAGAGGAUGGGAGGAGUUGGGGGAAGAAAGAGAGGGAGAAAAAGGAGAAGUGGAAGGAAUGGAAAAGGAACAUGAGAUGAAUGAAGGAAGAGAAGGAGAACCAGAGGUUAAGCAGAUAUAUGAGGAGGUUGUGGAAGCCAGAGAAGAAGAAGAAGGGGAAGAGGGUGUUCUCAAGAAACAGUCCUCUCAAGAUGAGAAUAACUUGCACAUAGAAUCCAUUAUUAUACCAAAAGAUCAAAACAUGGAUUCUACAAUGAAGAGCCCUCAGACACAAGAUGGGGAUAAAGAGAUGGAAGAGAAAUGGGAAAGAGACAUAAAGGAGGAAGGCACAGAGGCAGAAAUGAGUAAAGAGGAGAAGGGGUCUGAAAUUGAAGAAAUGAGGGAAGGGGUGUUGGUGUUGGAGAAGCAGCGGGGAAAUAAAGAGGGAGAAGAGUGGGAGGACAAGCUGGAAAUCGAAUCAGCUCCAAUUUCUGUUACGUCCAUUUUUGAACCUGAGAUCUCAGAUCAGCCUCAGGAAAUUGAGCAUUCCACCUUUGAUGGGGAAAUGGAGACUGUGCAAGACACACAGAACAUUAUGGACAAGUUGAGGAGGCGGAACAUGAGGACUCACAGUUAG